AUCUACUAGGAAUGAGUGGACGUAUUGCAGCUCAAGCAGAUGAAGCAAGCAACCCAAUCAAUGUGAAGAAUCUAUCUUUGGGUUGGAUGAUUGGUUUUCUCUUUCUUGUCAGCUUUGUUGGUCUCUUUUCAAUUGUCCCCCUUAGAAAGAUGAUAAUACUCAAGUACAAGUUAAGAUACCCUAGUGGAACUGCAAUUGCCUACCUCAUCAACAGCUUUCACACUCCUAAAGGAGCCAAACUAGCCAAGAAACAAGUAAUGAUGCUAUUCUAUUCCUUCUGUGGUAGCUUUACUAAUGCACUUUUUCAAUGGUUCUUUGCUGCUACUGAUGGCUGUGGAUUUAAUAACUUUCCCACCUUUGGUCUCAAAGCCUUUAGCCAAAGGUUCUGAUGAACUUAACAAAUGACAACCCUGUGUGCUGUCAGCAAAUUGCUGCCUGUGGAGGACUGGGGAAACCUUGUCUUCAUUGAUUGCUGGCCACUUUCCAUCAUUCAGUUCAUCUUUGCCUCCCUUCAGCGAUAUAAGAAAUGGUACUUGUUGUCCAAGUCUUAAGACAUUUGAAAGGGUGUGAUCGGUAGGACUUUAUCUUUUGUAAGACUAGAACAAUCUCUACAAAUAGUUAGUUUAUUCAUAUGCUUCUAGCGGUUUCUGAAUUAAUUUUUGUUUUCAUUUUUCAGGUUAGAAAUUCUUGGAGAGAUGCAAAAUAUGGUCAAAGAAUUCAAGAACUUAGUUUUUUAAG